UCAAUUCACGGGGCCUUCCCCAAAGCGCUGAGGGCCUCGGGCUUCUCAAAGACAUAAGACUGACCUCGACAUUUUUUCGAAGGUUCGAACAGUAGUGUCAUUGAUGUUUACAAAAAUUUUUGGAGACUAAGGGAAACAUUAUGUGGCGCUUUCUUUUGCCUUAAGGGGCGACUGAAGAGCCAUUCAUUGCCCGGUCUCGGUGGCAGUCACGUGCUUUGGACAUCUUUGAAAGGCACCUCCCGAGUCUCAUCGAGAACCGAGUUGAAUUCUCUUCCAUCGCAAUGAGUGACAAGUUCUUGGGCACCUGGAAGCUUGUCUCCACGGAGCACUUUGAUGACUACAUGAAAGCUCUGGGUGUGGGAUUAGCCACCAGAAAACUGGGGAAUCUGGCCAAACCCAAGGUGAUCAUCAGCAAGAAAGGGGAUAUUAUAACUAUAAGAACGGAAAGUCCUUUCAAAAACACAGAGAUCUCCUUCAAGCUAGGCCGGGAAUUUGAAGAAACCACAGCCGAUAACCGGAAAACAAAGAGCAUCGUAACCUUGGACAGAGGCUCCUUGAAUCAAGUGCAGAAAUGGGAUGGCAAAGAGACGACAAUAAAGAGGAAGUUGGUGGGUGGAAAAAUGGUGACGGAAUGUAAGAUAAAGGGCGUGGUCUGCACCAGAAUUUAUGAGAAGGUCUGAGAAAACUGAUUCCUCCUCGAACUGGCGUUUGAUCAUUUGACAUUGGAAAUCAGCUGUUUUCAUGGCAAGGCCUGAGGACGCUACAGUCUGUUCGUUUUCGCUACUUUUAUCUUAAUAGAUCAGAUAGCCAGAGGCCUCGACUGAGGAUUAAUCUAAAGUUAUUUAGCAUUAUUUAACCAUUUUCAAUUUGUAUGCACAUCUUUGCUAUAUUAAAAUGUAUAAG